ACGUGGAUCAGGCUCAGGAAGCUGCAGCUUAUGGAUGACUGCCUUACUGUACAUUGGCCUAAUGAAUCUUACCGCUUGAUGUAUCAAAGCUCUGCCAAUCAUGAAUAGUAACCAUACAGAGAGUGACUGGCAAGGACUAGUCAGCGAGUUCCUUGUCUGCAAAAGGAAGCUUGAAAGCAAAAAAGAAGCGUUACUGAUCCUGUCCAAAGAGCUGGACACAUGUCAGCAAGAAAGGGACCAGUACAAGCUGAUGGCCAACCAGCUACGUGAGAGGCACCAGGCGCUGAAGAAGAAGUACCGGGAAUUAAUUGAUGGAGACCCGUCACUUCCUCCUGAGAAAAGAAAGCAGGCAAACCUAGCGCAGCUGCUGGGAGAAGCUCGGGAAAGAAGCAAAAAGCUGGAAGUGGAGAUGAAAGAACUGCAGCAGCGGCUGGGAGAAGUCCAGGGGGACAACAAGCUGUUAAGAAUGACCAUUGCCAAGCAAAGACUCGGAGAUGAUGAGGUUGGAGUCCGCCAUUUUGCGCCACACGAGCGUGAGGACCUUGUGCUACAGCUGGAAAAAGCCAGAGAGCAGAUGGAAGGCCUGGAACAUGACCUGAGAGGAGCAGUGGACGAACUCGAGGAUGUGAAGCAGGAGCGAUCGUUCUUCCAAGAUAAAUCUGAAAGGUUGAACCAAGAGCUUAACCACGUCCUAGGCGGCCAUGAGAAGAGGAUCAUAGACAUCGAUGCUCUGUGCAUGGAGAACAGAUAUUUACAAGAGAGAUUGAAACAACUGCAAGAAGACGUUAAUCUGCAGAAAAGCAACAUUGUCAAAUACAAGAAUGCAUUGGAGAAGAGGAAGAAUUCAAAGUCAAGUAGCAAGUCUAAUAGCAGUGCCCUGACUGGGGUGCUGUCUGCCAAGCAAGUUCAGGAGCUGUUGUCCGAGAAUCAAGGCUGCAGUCUGCCUGCUACUCCACAGUCCAUCUCUGAUCUCAAGUCGCUGGCCACAGCGCUGCUAGAAACUAUUCACGAGAAAAACAUGGUGAUCCAGCACCAAAGACAGACUAACAAGAUUUUAGGGAACAGAGUGGCGGAGUUGGAGAAGAAGCUGCGGACGCUGGAGGUGUCUGGAUUAUGGAGUCUCCCUGGUGGACGGGACACUAUCUCAUUACAUGAGCCAACAAUGCCAACCACUCAGAGACCAAAGUCCCCAAUGAUGGCCUUUACUGACAUACCUUGCCACAAACCUCUGACUUAUAAAGCACACAGACAGCCUGACGUGGAGAGAUGUUCUAGUGAUGUGGGCAAGCCAGUGAAAAAGGACUCCAAUCAGAUACUGGAGAGUUCCCAAGAUCCACUAGGUAAUACUUACGAGAACAUGUAUCUUCAUCCUUUAAUACCUCUUCUCUGCUCAGAGAAAAAACAUUUGGAGAAUGCUGGGGAGCAAAUUAUUGACCUAGCCGAGGAACUGCCAUCUGUUGAGUUGGAGGAAAACCACAUUAUAAGUUCUGGAGAAGGUCACACUAUUGCAGAAGAUCCACCUCCUCUUGAUUCUUUUGAGACUCCAUUGUCCAGUCCUGAACCCACCGUAAAACUGGAAGAAGAGCGAUUAUCACCAUCCAGCUUGGAUGGAACUCGGGGAACUGUUGAUAUUAGCUUGGAGAACAAUGAAAAUAAACUUGAAAAUGGCUUGGACAGAAAAGAUAACCUGGAUGAAUCUUUAGAGAGUGUCUGCAAUUCUGAAAUCGUUCAGUCGACAGAUUACCAUGGAUCAUGACUGAACCCGUCUGGCUAAUAAAGACCUGUGUUGUGUGUUUGCCUGACUUGAAAUAUUGUACUUAUUCAUUCUAUAAUGAAUAGUUAUGCAGUUUUCCUUAUGUCUCCUGUAUACAUUUCUGAGGCUUUUAUAGAUCUCUGCAGUCAUCCAUUUUUUUCUCACAUACCAUAGUCCAUCGUUCUUGCCCAUGAGGUGAUCACACAGGUUCAGGGCUGGUUACAGGUAUUAGAAACACCUCUGUGAUUAUCACACGGACAAGGUGAGUUCUUAUCAUCUGGAAUGUUCUUAUUUAAUAAAAACUGUAAGUAGACAUCUUGAAGACCAUGAAGGAUUGAGUAAAGUAUAUUGGAAAAUCGUGCGGCUUUCCAUUUUUAUCAUGAAUACAUUUUAAUUACUAGAACUAUAUACUAAUAUAUUAUUAGUCAUGGGCAUAGUCACAGAAGCAUGCUUAUAUUGUGGUUACCAAAGAUUUAAAGAUCAUCCGUCAGCAGACUUGUACCUAUGACGCUGGCUGACCUGUUAUAUGUGCACUUGGCAGCUGAAGACAUCUGUGUUGGU